AUGUCAAGCCAGAUAGACACCAACCAGAUAAAGGACUGGCGAUCCAUUAUCACGCUGAUCGUCUUUGUCAUCACGAAUGUCAUCGUGCUGUUCCCCUUCCACAUUCCACUGUGGCUCCCCCGUUGGAUGUACAAUGGCUUCUUCGAUUUGCUCAGCUAUAUGCGCAUCAUCCCACCGAGGGAGCCCCUUGGAUACGAGCAUCAUCCAACGUUACAUGACAGCCAAAGCAGAUUUGGCCGAAUGUUCAUCAAAGUGCGGUUCCCGAUGGACCUCGUCACGGCACCGCUCAUCGCCGACUUGUUCCUCCUGGCAAUACUGGCAAUUGGUCGCGAGGAGGUCCAUGAUGGCACCGUUGGGGCGGACAGCAUUCAUCCGAUCGAUGUAAUGGUUUUCUUCAUUACACUAGCAUACAUCGCCAUCUCCAUCGAUGCUUCCGGCCUGAUCAGAUGGCUGGCAUACAAAGUACUACAGCGAGGUGGUGAAAAUGGUCGAAGAUUGUUCUUCUACCUCUACACAUUCUUCUUCGUUCUGACGGGCCUGGUCGGGAACGAUCCGACUGUACUCUCUGGAAGCCCCUUCCUGGCCUACAUGACGAGGGUAUCAGCAAACAUCAAGUCUCCACGAGCUUGGAUCUUUAGUCAAUUUGCCAUGGCCAAUGUUGGAUCCGCCAUUCUGGUCUCCUCGAAUCCUACCAAUCUCGUCCUAGCCGGUGCUUUUGGCAUCAAGUUCAUUCACUAUACAGCCAACGUGAUUGUGCCGGUCGUGGCCACAGUCAUUGUUUUGUUUCCGAUAAUGCUCUUCAUCGUGUUCCGCAAUAAGGACCUGGUACCACCGAAGAUCGAAUUGCACGAGCUACCCGAGGAAGCCAAGCUCAGAGAUCCAGUGAACCCAAACAUCCCGAGGAACUAUGUGAUCAGCAGUCGUGACGGGCAAGAUGAGACGAAAGAACAGAGAGAAGAACGUGAGCAGCUAGCUUCACUGGAGGAGAUCAUGAACCCGUAUCUCGACAAAGUCAGCGCGACUGUGGGGGCUGUAGUCAUGGCCGCUACCCUCAUUACCAUUUUGGCACUCAACGCAUCGAGCUCGUCGGGAAGUGAAGUUCCAGUCUUCUACAUAACGCUGCCUGCCGCGGCUGUCAUGUUGUGUUGGGACCUGACCUUUGGCUGGAUUCAUCGACACGAGACCCGCGCGAUUGCGAGGGGAGGUUUGGAAAAGACAAAAUUCGAUGAGAAAGACGUGGCGGCGUCUGCAGAUUUGAGCACAGCAUUACCAGAACCACCAAAAGCUCACGUGAACGAUGGCGACGACAAGGAAGAUAUUCAGAACGAGAUCGGCUGUCGUACCGAAGCCACCGAAACACGACUUUCAGCAUCGAAGAAGGUCGGUUUGCAAGAGAAGUCUCUCGACCAGGAAGCAAGACCAACGCUCCAGUCGAAAGCAAUCGAGUGGUACAAGUGGUUGCAAGAGACAUUUCCAACUGCCAUGGCAGUGCUAAGCCACCUACCCUACAAAUUGGUCCCGUUCGCAUUCUGCAUGUUUGUCCUGGUUCAAGGAUUAGUUACCAAAGGUUGGGUGCCCGUCUUUGCUCAUGGCUGGGAUGAAUGGGUCAAGAGGACCGGUGUUGUUGGCGCCAUCGGUGGAAUGGCCUUUGUCUCCGUCAUCUUGUGCAAUUUCGCGGGCACCAAUAUUGGAACAACAAUCCUCCUCUGCCGCAUCAUCCAAGCCUGGGUCGAAAUUCGCCGCGCAGACGCAACCCCGAUCAGCCAAAGAACCUUCUGGGCCACAGUCUAUAGCAUGGCCAUCGGGGUGAACUAUGGCGCUUUCAGCAUUGCUUUCAGUGCUUCUCUUGCUGGACUACUCUGGAGAGACAUCCUCGCCCGCAAAGGGAUCAAAGUCGGCAGUCUGGAUUUCGUUCGGAUCAACGUGCCGAUCAUCACAGUCUCGAUGAUCGUUGGCUGUGCUGUGCUCGUGGGCGAGGUGUACAUUACGAGAAACCAAGACCCGUAUACUGGCUGA